UCACUUCACUUGCUCCCGGCUGCUAUCACAAUCAGCAUUCAGGCUAGUCACCAGCCUGAGCCUGAGCCUCAGCUGCAGCCACGUUCUUGGCGCUUAUUAGAUGAGGAUGCUGUGUUCGGGAGCCGCUCGCUCACUCUUUUCUUCCUCAGUUUCCCUCACUUUCUCAUCGCCCAAACGCCACCUCAAGCUUUCCUCCUUCUCCUUCUUCAAGCCUUACUCUCACUCCUCGCCUCACAAAUCUCCAAUCAAGAUGUCAAGGACAACAAUCGAACACAUCGUUCUCUUCAAAGUCAAAGACAACACCGACCCUACCAAAGUCAACACCAUGCUUAACUCCCUCAACAGCCUCGUCUCUCUUGACGCCGUUCUCCACAUCGCCGCCGGUCCACUCUACCGCGUCAAAUCCUCUCCCAUCUCCUUCACUCACAUGCUCCACAGCCGCUACUCCUCCAAAGACAACCUCAAUGCCUACUCAGCUCACCCUAGCCACGUCACCGCUGUUAAGGAGUCUGUUCUUCCCAUCUGUGAGGAUAUCAUGGCCGUCGAUUGGAUCGCCGAUGAUCUCCAGGGGCCCGUCGUCCCAGCUCCGGGUUCAGCAAUAAGGCUGACCUUUCUGAAAUUGAAGGAAAAUUUGCGCGAGGAUGUGAAAAAUGAGAUAUUGGCCGUUAUUAAAGGGAUUAAAGGGAAUUUUGGAGAGAUCAAUCAAAUCACUUGUGGAGAGAAUUUCUCUCCGGCGAGAGCCAAAGGUUAUUCAAUCGCGUCGCUUGCUGUGUUUCCGACAGUGAGUGAAAUGGAGGCCGUGGAUUCGAAGGAAGAGCUGGUGAAUUUGCAGAAAGAGAAGGUUAGGGAUUAUCUAGAGAGUGUUAUUGUUGUUGACUAUGUGGUGCCAUCUCCACAAUCUGCAAGUCUUUAAUUUUCAUAUACAUUUCGUGUCUGCUAUUUCUGUGCUUCAACUGGAUUAAAAAUUCGCUCCGUAAGUGAUUUUCCAUUACAAAUAAGGGAUUCCAUAUUUAUUUUUGUUUACA